UUUUGCAGGUUGAAAUUGGGAUAUUAUUAGAAAUGCAGGGGUCUAUCCAAAAACGGUGUUAAAGUGGGAGGAGUAUCUUAUGAACGAAAACGCUCCUUAUCCUCACCGCGAUCUCCUUUCAUCGUCUCCACUACACCUUACACCUUUCAAUAUGGCUUCCACUUUAUCCACAAUUACCCUUCGUUCUCCUUCUCAUCCUAACCCUAGUUCGUUGCUGUCAGCUUCAGCCGUUCCCAAACGAGCCGUACAAUUUCCCUUCCGCUCCCCAAAUCUCCACCGCCGGACCACAUUCCUCCGCCCUCUCGCUGCCGUUGAAGCCCCCGAGAAGGUGGUUCAGCUGGGAGACGAAAUAUCCCGCCUCACCCUCUUCGACGCACAGAAACUCGUCGAAUACCUACAGGACAAGCUCGGAGUCUCCGCUGCUAUGAUGGCUCCGGCAGCCGUAAUCGCUGCUCCGGGAGGUCCGGGCGCAGCAGAUGCCUCCCCCGUCGUGGAAGAGAAGACGGAGUUCGACGUCGUGAUCGAAGACGUGCCUAGCAGCUCGAGAAUUCCUACGAUUAAAGCGGUUAGGUCUUUGACGAACCUUGCGCUGAAAGAGGCGAAGGAGUUGAUUGAAGGUUUGCCGAAGAAAUUCAAGGAGGGAGUGUCCAAGGAAGAGGCUGAAGAAGCGAAGAAACAGCUUGAAGCAGCCGGAGCAAAAGUGUCAAUUGCUUGAUGAAUCUUAUUGCAAUGUUCUACCCUUCCCCGUUACAAAUUCAACUGUACCUUGGUUGCGUUUGCGGCUAAUCAUAGACUUGUAUUGCAGAUUCACGUGCCAUAUGAUCUGCAGCAUAAAAGGUCUUCAUUUCUGAAUCUCUAUUAUACGAGUUAUUUACAUCUCAGCCACAAAGAUCAUGUGGAAGAUGUAUGCAGCUGGAAUUUUUAAGUAUAUAUCUGUCAAGAUGCCAUGAAGUUGGAAUGGAUUGUGUUUAUUGUUUUUAUGUCAGGAUAAUCUUUUUGGAAUUAGUCUUCUGCUGGCUUGUUUAUGGACUCCAUGAAAAUGGAUUCUAAAGAAAACCAAUGAACUCCAAGAACCUUUUUUGAAGAAAAAAGAAUGCACCCUAAUACUUCGAUCAUCCUCUGGAAUGGCUACUCACUUCGCUUUUAAGGUUAAUAAAUCGGCACUAUCAUAGCAUAAUUGGUAGAGUAGGGGAGUGUAAUUGCUAGAAUUGAAUCAGGGUCUAACUCUUUUGGUGUGCCCUAUACACCAAUUGAGCUGAACUUAAUAGCCUAGACAUUUUGCUCAAAUAAGUAUGAACCUUUUGAGAUGGGAAGUUUUAGUCCUUGAAAUCCAAGGCAAUAGCCUAUAUUCUCAGCAUUAGUUAAACAGCGAAGCAAACAUGCAAUGAGGUUAGUUUUCGGUGGACACCCUAACAUGUGUUCAGCAAUGUGUAUAUGGUAAACUCCAUUAUCUUUGAGUGAUAAUGGAGUUGGGUAUUCAGAAGUGGAGACCAGAAGAUUUAGCCGUUUGAUUUCUUCUCUGAAACGAAGUAAAUAUGCUUCGAUAUUUAGGGAAAGAGGUGAUGGGUUUCUUUAGGGAAUGAAUUUCUUGUUGUAACUUGUAACGAAUAAAAGAUCAUCAAAGGCCCCAUUUAGCAGGCUUAUUUUGAUUAUCUAUAAAAUAAGUAGUUUUGGCUUUUAUAUUACCAGUUUACACUAACAAGUAACAUCUUUAUUGAGUCUUAUUUUGAG